UACCCUUGGCACUCGUGUUCCCUAGGCAGGGAGCAAUACUGUAAAAUCAAAACAAAAAAAAAUUCUUAGUCUCCUUCUCCGUGUGGAAUUUUGGUGUGUUUCAAGAAGGAUUCAAUUUUUGCAGAAAAACAAUGGCGGCGAUUUCUGCUCCUAUGGUGGUUACAGCCACAGCGUUGAAUGGUGCGCAAUUCGGAAAUGCCUCUCUGUAUGUCGGGGAUCUCGACGUCAAUGUGAUAGAGAGUCAGUUGUUUGAUCUGUUCAGCCAAGUGGCUCAAGUGGUUUCGAUUAGGGUUUGCAGGGAUCAGACUAAGCGAACCUCCCUCGGCUAUGCUUAUGUCAAUUUUGCCAAUAAUCAUGAUGCUGCUAUUGCCAUGGAACAUUUGAACUUCACUCCUCUGAAUGGAAAACCCAUUCGGAUUAUGUUUUCUCAGCGUGAUCCCAGCAUCAGGAAAAGCGGACUUGCAAAUGUGUUCGUUAAGAAUCUUGAUGCAUCAAUAGAUAACAAGGCACUGUAUGACACUUUUGUUGCCUUUGGAACUGUGCUAUCUAGUAAGGUAGCUGUUGAUGAGAAUGGUCAAUCAAAAGGGUAUGGAUUUGUGCACUUUGACAAUGACGAAUCUGCCCAGAGUGCUAUCAAGAAAUUGAACGGCAUGUUAAUAAAUGAUAAGAAGGUCUAUGUUGGGCUUUUUGUUCGGCGUCAGGAAAGGGCUCCAGGGAAUGAUGGAUCACCAAAGUUCACCAAUGUGUAUGUGAAAAACUUUUCUGAAACAUACACUGAUGAAGACCUUAAGCAACUCUUCAAUACCUAUGGUACUAUAACCAGUGCUGUGGUCAUGAAAGACGAAGAGGGGAAGUCCAGAUGUUUUGGUUUUGUGAAUUUUGAAAGUCCAGAUUCAGCCGCUACUGCUGUUGAAAAGUUAAAUGGAACAACCAUCAACGAUGACAAGGUUCUAUAUGUAGGGAGAGCUCAGAGGAAGGCAGAAAGAGAGGCAGGGUUGAAAGCUAAAUUUGAACAGGAAAAAAGAAAUAAAUUUGAUAAACUUCAAGGUGCUAACUUGUAUCUGAAAAACUUUGAUGACAGUUUUAAUGAUGAAAAAUUGAAAGAGAUUUUUUCUAAGUUUGGAACAACAACAUCUUGCAAGGUAAUGAUUGACGCUCUUGGUCGUAGCAAAGGUUGUGGUUUUGUUGCAUUCUCUACUCCGGAGGAAGCCGCUAGAGCCUUGAAAGAAAUGAAUGGGAAGUUAAUUGGACAAAAGCCUCUUUAUGUUGCAGUAGCCCAGCGAAAGGAAGAAAGGAAGGCUAAUUUACAGGCCAAGUUUUCACAUAUGCAAAUUGCUGCUGGUCUUGCUGGAUAUCAUCAAGCUUAUUAUGGUCCAGGAACAGCUGGGUUUGUCUCACCUCAGGCAACAAGCUUUGGGUUUCAACCUCAUGUCUUGCCUCAAAGCCUGCGUGGGGUUGCUCCAAAUUUCAUUAUGCCAUACCACUUUCAGAGACAGGGUUCUCCUGGACAAAGGAUGGGUCCUACUACACGAAGUGUGGGAAAUAACCAGGUAACUCUCAACCAUUCACUUCCAAUACCACCAACUGGUCCAAAUGGCCUAAAUAAGUAUGUUGUGCCCUAUAAUCUGGUGGGUCCAGCUGACAUUUCUUCUCCUCUUGAUGACAUCCUUGAUGUCAAGCCUUCUGCUACUACACUUGCUUCGGCUUUGGCUUCUGCUAGUCCGGAGGAUCAACAUAGGAUGCUGGGUGAACAUUUAUAUCCACUGGUGGAACGUAUUACUCCAAGUAAUCAGACUGCAAAAGUCACAGGAAUGUUGCUGGAAAUGGAUCAAUCUGAAGUGAUUCAUCUUAUUGAAUCUCCAGAGGAUUUGAAGAUAAAGGUGUUCGAGGCAAUGAAGGUGCUUCAUGAUGCAGUAGAAGGUUCUGAAGAAGUUGGUGAUCAACAAAAGUGAUAUUAUUUUCAGUUUUAGAUAUAUUUUGAGACAAUUUUAAGGUUCCAACAAGACUUUAUUUAUUUUGUCUGGAUUAUUAGACUUUAGAUUAUUAUGGGUGUCAAGGAUUUUAGUUUUAUAAAUUUAUGUUUUUGGACUGAAUUAAGUUUACUAUCUUUUGAAUUUAAGUUUUUUUUUUUUAAUCUAUUCUAUAAUAUCUGGGGUGCUAUCAUAUUUGAGAAUUGUAAAAUAUUUGGAGCCAUCGCGUGGUACAAAACAACAUUCAUCUUCUCACUUUGAGACUCAACGGCAAGACUCCUCAACGACUGAGCUCAUCCACGACGGCAUAGGUCACCCAUGUUUGUUUCUAUUUUUCAAUUUCGUUUCUCUCUUUUUAUUCAUUUUGCUAAGCUUCUUCUUUUUGAGACUCCUCAACAAGGAGUCUCCACAGCUGCGAAGGUGAUCCAUACGGUGGCGAAACUCACCUGAGAUAGAUUGAGAAUUCUAGCUGGAUUGGAAUCUUUUGCGGAUCGGAGUUUUUAUGGCGUGAGCGAUGAAGAUUAUGGAUCUCGUACCUUUACCAUUUUUGUGUAUACAUGCCUGCCUAUCAUGUAUAAGGGUGGGAAUAUGAUGGAAAAGAUAAAAGUUGAUGAUGAUAAAGAAGAAAAAAACAUAGGCGAGCUAGAGAUUGAUGAUGAAGAAAUGGCAGGCUAGCCUACUAUUCCGCUCGUCCACCCAAUGGCGCGACAAGUUCCAUCUUUCAAUUAAUCCGUUUUCUGAUAUCAGGCUAAUCCGACCUGACUCGAAUUUAGCAGGCCAG